ACUCCGGCGUGCUCUCACCACAGGCAGAGCAUCCCCGUCCGACAAAACGCUUCACACACAUGCUGACUCAGCUGAGACAUGGACGCGCGGAGAAGAAAGGGAUAAAACUGGAAUGCGGGAAAGCGAGAAGAAUCAACAGUAGAAGAGUGAAAAGGGAAGAAAGAAGAGGUUCUAAAGAAGAUAAGAGAGAAAGUGACGGCGCGGUAGAGGACAGUACACAGGUGCAUCCAGGCGGAGAAUGGGCAAUUCCUCCUUCCCAGGUCGAGAGAAGAGAAAGGGUCCCAUGAUCUCAGCCGGUGAUGCCGAGUUCCCGCGGGAUUACCACACCCUGGCUGCCGGCGGCGGCCGUGGGGCCCGGCGGUUCCCCGACAACACCAAUGGGGGGUUCACGUCGUCCUCGCUGGACCGCCGGCACAACUCCGUGGCCGCCAAGAGCCUGGAGGCCCUGAACAGCAUCCACAAGGCGGACAUCGAACGGCAGCGAGACGCCCUCAUGGAUCUCCAGAAGAACAAGUUCUCCAACAGCCCCGGCAGCAUGUCGCAGGGCUCCCCUGCUGCAGGGCGACAGCAACAACCAAACUACUGGAGCUUCAAGACUCGCACACCACGUGUGACACGACUCAGCCCGACACAGCCGGCUCUUGCUGACCAGGCCAGCAGGGUAUCCUUUGCGUCAGCUGAAAAUCUGGAGACCAUGUCGGAGCCUGAUAUGCCCAUCGGCUUUAACCGGAUGAACCGGCUUCGCCAGAGCCUGCCGCUGGCCCGCUCGUCCAGCCAGGCAAAGCUGCGGGCGCCAGGGAUCUUGUUCCUCCAGCUUGGGGAGGAGACUCGCAGGGUGCACCUGACCCACGAGCUGACCAGCCUGGAUACUCUGAGGGCCCUCAUUGUGCACAUGUUCCCCCAGAGGCUCACCAUGGCCAUGCUCAGGUCUCCCAACACGGCGCUGUUGAUCAAAGAUGAGACACGUAAUGUCUUCUAUGAGCUGGAGGACCCGCGGGACGUUCAGGACCGCUGCGUCAUUAAGAUUUACUGCAAAGAGCCAAUCUACGGCACCUACCCUGGACACCAACACCCACACCUGGCUAACGGAGACCUGCGGAGGGAGAUGGUGUAUGCACCCCAGGACUCUCCUCCCAACCGCCGCCUCAGCAACCCACCCAUGUCUUCCCAGCAUUCAUCUUCCUCUGCCUCCCCUCAAGGCUCACCGUCCCGCGCCCGCCUCCUCUACAGUGGCGGCAGGCCUUCUUCCUAUGCCGGACCGGCCCACCACACCCACUCCCUGCCGCACCCACAACCCCACCCACACUCCCAGUCCCACCCGCACUCCCAGUCCCACCACUCCUCUCCCCACCAGCAACCGCAGCUCCACCAGCCUCAUCACACCCAGCAGGCCUUCUGUGCCUCCUCCAGUGCCAUCCUGGAGCGCAGGGACGUGAAGCCCGAUGAUGAAGUGGGGGGAUCCAGGAGCAUGGUGCUCCUGCGGGGAGACGAACGUGGGGGAGGGGGGAUCUACGCGGACCCCUACUCUCUUGGCCCAGACACAAGUCGGCUGAGUCUCGCAGGUCCUCACUCCCCUCUACCAGCCAGAGCGGACCCGUAUGGCUCGUUAUACCGCCGGGGGGGAGGAGGAGGGGGGGGAGGAGGAGGAGGAGGGGGGGGAGGAAGUGCUGGAUCAAUGCGUUCACUCACCUCCUACACAGCAGCCGCUUUACAAGGAGAGCUGAUGGAAAGUGGUGCUCUCUACAGACCAGGAGGACCGCUUUAUAACGACGCCUACGCUGCGUCUAUGUUGGCCAUGGGGCUGCGAGUGCCACCACCUUCCUCCCCACAGAAGAUCCCCGACAUGAGGGAGUCCUACGCAGGCACCUUGCCCAGUCGGGGCUCCCCAGGGAGGCAGAGUUUGCGAAGGGACUCCGUGACCUCGUCUGUGUUCGGGGACAGUCCCAAAGCGCGGCCCCAGGGCUCGGGCCUCGGUCUCACCUCAGAGCAGCUCUGCUUGAUGGCCGGUCCUGGAGGGGAGGGAGGGAGCGCCGGAGGCUUUGGCUCACCUCUGUUGGGAAAUGAAACAGAGACCAGGGAGCGUAUGGAGGCCAUGGAGAAGCAGAUAGCCAGCCUGACCGGGCUGCUGCAGAGAGUACUGAGCAGAGCGCCUGAGGCAGAAAGCCCGGAGAAGAUUGAGUCAGCCAGUGACUGCUCAGGAACUGACACUUUGACACCGUCUGCUCCCUUGGCCCUGAUGCCACCUCCACCCUCGGGGGCCAACCAGCCUGUGACGGUGUCCCGUCUGCAGAUGCAGCUCCACCUUCAAGGCCUGCAGCAGAACACCAACGCACUGCGCAAACAACUGUCGCAGCUACGCAACAUGCAGCUGGAGAACCAGGACUCGGUCUUGUCCCUGCUGAGGCAGACGGAGUCUGAGCUGAGCCUCAUGAUGCUGGACGUCAUGCGCACACAGGAGGACCCGCUCCAGAGACAGCGUCUCCUCGUGGAGGAGGAGAGACUCAAGUACCUCAACCAGGAGGAGCUGCUCAUCCAGCAGCUGCAUGACCUUGAGAAGUCUGUGGAGGAGCUGCAGAGGAACUCGUCAGUGAAUCACGGCCUGGUGACGGAGCAGGAUGUGGAGCAGAAGAGCAAAGAGCUGAGGAUGCUGGGAGAGACGCUCACUCAGCUCAAAAACCAGUUCCCCGGCCUGCAGAGUAAGAUGCGGGUGGUGCUGAGGGUGGAGGUGGAGGCUGUUAAGUUCCUGAAAGAAGAGCCUCACCGCCUGGAUGCCCUGCUGAAACGCUGCAACACCAUGACUGAUGCGCUCAGCACGCUCCGCAGUCUCUUGUAUCCCUCCUAUAUGUACAGACAAGUGACAGAAGGAGUGUGGAAGGGCCCCGAAGACCUCCCCAGCCAAUCACAGAAGAGAUUGGAGGACAUGAGUCGCAGCUCUGAUCUGGAUAUCCUGAACAGUCCUCCUCUCAGCCUCAGUGACCUGAGCACCAGCGCCGGCCUCGCCAACUGGAUGCCCUUGUCCGCCUGCGACGCAGACACCUCGGGUCCCGAGCAGGACAUCCAGCCCUCAAUGACCUUCAGGAACCGGGUUCUUGAUGAGCUGCCGAGUCGACGUCCUAGCGAUAAGUCCGUGUCGGCCGAAGUCAGACUGAGCGGGGACUGGGAGGAGAAGCGUGCCAGCUUGACCCAGUUCAGCGCCCAGGACAUCAACCGCCUGCUGGAAGAGACCCAGGCUGAGCUGAUGAAGGCCAUCCCGGACCUCGACUUCGCUGCCAGACACAUAAACAAGCCCGCAGUGCCCCCGAAGCCCCAGAUCACCAUCCCACUAACCUCCAACACAGCGCCUUCCCCUGCAGCUGGGACCACCGGGACCACAGUCGCCACCACCUCAACCACCACGCCCAGCGGGGACCAGCAGCCUGGCAAAGUGCAGCUGGCUGCCCAGAAGUUGAACAGCAUGGAGGGGACUGGCUCACACAGAGGGUCAGUGGAUCUCAACGUGGCCCGGUAUCGUACAGAGAAACCCUCCAAAUCUCCGCCUCCGCCUCCACCUCGCCGAAGCUUCCCGUCGGCACACGGCCUCACCACCAACCGCACCGGAGAGGUCAUCGUCACCGCCAAGAAUAUGAAGAUGGAAGACGAUGGUGACAUGCCUAAAACUCUGGUGAAGCUGAGGCGGACCCCCUGCGACACCCCUCGCCCCGCCUCCACCCCGCCUGUGAUCGCAGCAUCCGGCAUUCAAGACGAGGACGACGAAGAGAAGAUCUUCGCUGAGCUCGAGAUAUUUCAAAGAACGCCUGUAAAAGAUUGUAAUGAAAGGUACAGCACCCAGCCACAGGCCACCCCCACCCCUCCCUGCAUCUUUGGGUCCUUGGGCAGAAAGAACAGCAGUCACUCUCCGGGGCCGACGAAGGGCCCCACCGUCGCAGCCAGGCUCAAACACCUUCAACAAGGCAGUCUGGAGAGGCCCAAAACACGCAAGCAGAAAGAGGAUUUCCCCAAAGUCCAGGGCCAGCAGCAGGUAUUCCACUUCUAAAACCUCCACCCGAUGCUUGGCCUGCCUCUGACACUCCUCUCUGCUGUGGCUUCAGAGGAACUCCCGGCCCCACCAGCAGACAAUAUGAGAUUACACACAGAGGGGGGACUAUCUACAGAAACCUUGAUUUUGACCACUUCUUGGUGUGUGUUUUGACAUUUGAGUUACUGGAUCUAACCUAGCUUGCUUAGAGAUCAAGUUUUUGUCGUACGAGUAUGUCGAUGUUUUGAUUUCCUGAGGAAGGUGUUGGUGGUGCUUGUGACUGAUUAAACUAGCUUUAUUAUAAUAGUCAGAUCUAUUCACAUACAUGCUUUUCCUCCAUAGUAAUCUUCAGUAAUGCCACGGAAUGAUUUCAUAUCUAAUAGUGACAAUAUCUCACCAUGAUCCAGCCAUGUACAGCCAUGUCUCUCAUCUCUCUCUCUCUUCUUCAGAAAGGGCCACAUGCUGCUCUCUCAACGUGCAGGUUAGCAGCUGCACAGUGUUUCAGUGCGCUGCUGGUGUGGCUGCUGUUCAACAGCCAAGAGGCCAAUCCAUUAAGCUAGCUUGCUCAGAAUUGCCUUUUAACAGCUCUAAUGCUACGACUUAUUAUGCAAGAUGACAAGAGUGAAGCGCAAGGUUAGCUGCUUUUGUGGAGGAGCUAUUCAGUUUAAUGUGUGCAAUAAACACAUUUAUCAGAGGUAAAAGAGAAGAAGUGCAGAAUUAUAAAGGAAGACUGACUGAGGCAGCAGAGGAGAAAAGAAAGGCACAUGGUAGUAAAAUAGGAUUUGAAUCAUAUAAGCAACUAUAUUCUCUGGUUAUGAAAUUAAUACCUCUCAAUUAUAACGUUGAGAUGUUUUAUAUGGAGAAACAAAAUCCAGAACUUAAUGAUUUUUCAUACAAACAUCGAUGUUAAAGAGCUUGUUAGUGCCAGAGUCCUGUUAUACUAGUGCAGUAGAACAACAUGCAAUGCAACGACCAGGAAAUCCAACUCAAACAUUAAGAUUGCUCAUAUUUAACAUAAUGCAGGAAACAUAAAAACAUUUUCUCUGCAAAGCAAGGCCCCCGUCUUUUUAAAUCUCUUGGAAGAGCCUUUCAAUGUAUAUUGGAUUUUUUUCAAAACAUCUCUUGUGUGACAUGGUGGUGUUUCCCUUCUCAUUAGUGUUAGUAUAACUACGUCUAGUCAAUAACGUUACACAACCUAUCAGGUGCGCAAUUUCAAAAACUACUAUAAAUUCAAGUCGAGUGAAACAAAGUUGCUCAAAUUCCAAAUGAAAAGUUCAACCUUGAAGCCCCAGCUGAGCUCGACUGUUUGAUGGCAGCUGCUAAGGCGCGGCAGUGGAGCCUGAACGUUGGCGCUCACACAGUAUCAGGUUAUGCUCUGUCAAUCAUGUGACCCCGCAAUGAAAACAAUUCAAUAGGUUUUUGCAAAACAUUAAAAAGCUUCUGGGAAAUUCAGAUAUUCAAACCACAUAAAUUCAGAU